AUGGAAGGGUUAAUAGAGAGAUACCAAAAGCUAGGUUUAAGAGAAUCCUUGUCUCGAACUUAUCAAUACCCAAUUGCCUGCAAAGAACUCAGCUUCAUUCUCAGAGGCGCUUACUCCAAACUCCCCAAAAAUCUCCAGGCUCUGAUCUUCCAGGAUACUCUCACUGCCUUUCGCCUCCUUCCCGACAUGCAGACACAAACAGCCAUUUCAGCGGCUAAUCUCCUCCAUCAAAGCGUAGAGGCCGCAUUGCCUAAACAAAAGAGGGUUAUGGCAGUGACAGAGUUCAAACAUGCUGUGGUUUCUCAUAAGAGGCGGAGCAAAGCGCGACAGGAGGAAGAAGAUUCGGCUCAACUUCCUCAGGAUGUUCUUGUGCUCAUCUUCAGUUUCUUAGAUUUGCGAUCUUUAGCUUCUGCUGCAGUAGUUUGCCGGUAA